AUGACCGACCACAAGCAGGAAUUAGCUGCUGAAAAUGACUUCAUCGACGAAAAGUUCGAUGCUGAGCGCGCCUCCGUCGUCCUCGAGGAGGAAGAGAACUCUCCCAUCCCCGAGGUUGCUGCUAUCGUCUCCAACAAGGAUGAACCCGACCUCCCAGUCAUGACCUUCCGUUACUGGGUCAUGUCUGUCCUCUUCUGCUGCCUCCUUUCUUUCUUCAACCAGUUCUUCUGGUUCCGCUCCAAGCCCAUGACCCUCUCAACCUUGGUCAUCCAGCUGAUCUCAUAUCCCUUCGGAAAGUUUAUGGCCCGCGUCCUCCCCUCCGGUCCCCUCAACCCUGGCCCCUUCAACAUUAAGGAGCAUGUCUUGAUCUCCUUGACCGCCAACUGCGCUGGUGGUGUUGCCUAUGCCGUCGACAUCACCGUCAUCCAAAAGAUAUUCUAUCACCAGGACCACGGCUUCCUCGCCAACUGGCUCCUUAUUCUCACCACCCAGACCUUGGGUUUCGGUAUGGCUGGUGUCCUCCGUCGUUACCUCGUCUACCCUGCCGCCAUGAUCUGGCCCUCCAACCUGGUCCAAGUCGCUAUGUUCAACACUCUUCACAAGGACGAGAAUCUCCUCCCCGGCCAGUGGUCCCGCUUCAAGUUCUUCUGUGUUGCAACAAUUGCCAUGUUCUUCUACCAGUGGAUCCCUGGCUUCAUCUUCCCCGUCGUCUCCUCCAUUGCUUGGGUCUGUUGGAUCAACCCCAAGAACCAUGUUCUCUCUCAGAUCGGUGGUGCCAACGGUCUCGGUGUUGGUGCCAUCUCUCUCGACUGGAAUAACAUCGUUGCCUUCUUGGGUUCCCCCUUGGUCGUCCCCUGGUGGGCUCAGGUCAACAUUGCCUUGGGUUUCUUCCUCAUCGCCUGGGUCAUGGUCCCUAUCGCCUACUACAACAACUUGUGGGACGCCCACCGAUUCCCUAUCCUCAACGGCAAACUCUUUACGAUGAAUGGUGAUGACUACCCCGUUCUCAGUGUUCUUGACACGGAGACCUUGUCCUUGUCCCGACCUGAUUAUGAUUCCUUUGGACCCCUUCGUAUCUCCACCUUCUUUGCUCUCACCUAUGGUAUUGGUUUUGCUGGCCUUACUUCGAUGAUCACCCACACCUGGUUGUACCAUCGCCACAAGUUGGUUGCUCAAUGGAAGCAGUCUCGCACCCAGUCUGAAGAUAUCCACCACAAGCUCAUGCAGGCCUACCCUGAGGUCCCUGACUGGUGGUACGGCGCAUUGUUCGUCGGUAUGACCGCCUUUUCUAUCUUCACCUGCCAGUACUACAAAUACAUGCCUUGGUGGGCUGUGCUUUUGGCCAUCCUUCUGGCUGUCAUCUUUGCUCUCCCCGUCGGUCUCAUUCAGGCCUUGACCAACCAGCAACCUGGUCUUAACAUUAUCACCGAGUACGUUAUCGGCUACAUUCUCCCCGGUGAGCCCAUUCCCAACGUCACCUUUAAGACCCUCGGUUACAUUUCCAUGUCUCAGGCUAUGCUUUUCACCUCGGAUCUCAAGCUCGGUCACUACAUGAAAGUCCCUCCCAAAGCCAUGUUCUGGGCACAGCUUAUGGGUACCAUUAUCGCCGGAACCAUCAACCUGGUCACCGCCAACUGGCUCCUGAACUCCCAGAAGGACGUCUGCACCAAGAACAAGGAGUUCGGGUGCCCCACGGCCAACAUCUUCUACUCUGCCUCCGUCAUCUGGGGAGUCGUCUCCCCCAACCUGAUGUUUGGACCCUCUUCAAUGUACAACGCCAUCAACUUCUUCUUCUUGCUCGGUUUCGUCCUCCCCCUCCCCUUCUACUUUAUCAAGAAGGCUUACCCCAACACCUGGUUGGACUAUGUCCACAUUCCCGUCAUGUUGUCCGCUACUGGAAUGAUGCCCCCAGCUCAGGCCUACCACUACACCAACUGGUUGGCUCUAGGUUUCGCCUUCCAGUUCUUUGCUCGUCGUUAUCGAUCCGAGUGGCACUUGCGCUUCACUUACAUCUUAUCGGCAGCCUUCGACUCUGGUGUCGCCUUUAUGGGUCUCCUCUCCUUCUUCAUCUUCAGUCUCAACGACAUCAAGAUGCCUGUCUGGUGGGGCAACCCCAAGGCCGAGAUCUGUCGUUUGGACACGUACCCCCUGAUGGCGCCAAAGGGUGGCUUGGUCGACCCUUGGGCCCCAAAUCCAGAGGCCGAGGAUGCACCCCAGUACGUUUUCCCAAAGGCUUACGUCCCCUUCGUCCCCAAGUGA